CACUAUGUAAACAUCAGAGUGCAGUAGCCGCUAAAUAUCAUGUUGAGUCUCUAAAUUUUUUCUCGUCUUUAAUGCCUAAUGAUCGUGCUCACUUUGCAUAUAUUGCAUGUGCAAUUGAUAUGAACGUGGAUAAGAUUGUAUCUGACAUAGAUACAAACCAUAUUUUGGCAACUAAUAUAAAUUUGAAUGAGAUUGUAUCUGACGUGGAUACAAACCAAAUUGCAGCAACAGAAGU